AUGAAGUCAGUCCAUUUGUGCUUUCUUUUCUGCUGCUGGAAAGCAAUGUGCUGCAAUAGUUGUGAGCUGACCAACAUCACCAUCACAGUGGAGAAAGAGGAAUGUCGCUUCUGCCUCAGUAUCAACACCACUUGGUGUGCAGGCUACUGCUACACCCGGGAUCUGGUGUACAAGGACCCAACCAUGCGUAAUACCCAGAAAGUAUGCACCUUCAAGGAGCUGCUCUAUGAAACAGUGAGAGUGCCUGGCUGUGCUCACCAUGCAGACUCUGUGUAUACGUACCCAGUAGCCACUGAAUGUCACUGUGGCAAGUGUAACAGAGACAGCACUGACUGCACCGUGCAAGGCCUGGGGCCCAGCUACUGCUCCUUCAGUGAAAUAAAAGAAUAA